UGAUGAUGUCGAACUCCGCCCUCUCGAUGUUCUUCCUCAAGUACGCGUGCAGCAGUACGUAGGACUCCCAAGUAUUCGUGGCAGCGCCCAAACUGACAUUUGUAACGUCAAAGCAAACCACCCCCAUUAAAACGCUCCUUGCAAUUACUUGCUACCGUUAUUCUGGUACUGGAAGCGAUCUCGACAUUUUUCUUCCUCAACGGUUCUCUGUCCAUUUUACGUUCUGUCAGGGAUAUGCAAGACGAGCGACAGACUGAUAUGGCCAAGUUUAAUACGUUCUGGAAAGAGUUUCGAAGAAGACUUCAAAAUGUCACUUUGCUAGCCACUGUACUCUUAACUACGAAUGUCACCUUCCUCGCUACGCAAUCCGUCGAUCAGAAAGGGGUGUCUUAUCUACCUCAAAAGUGCAGCUACAUUUCUGUCAUGGUUUCCUUGGGCAGCAUUGUGGGGGGGUUCGCCCUUCGGAUGCCGAGAGUCCUCAAGGGUAGCACAGCUUUCCACCUGGACUCCAUCUCUUUGAUUUUAGGGUUUCCGUCUGCACUCUUCUUAUACGGCCUCCUCUUCUUCUUUCUCGCCCUCAUAUUUCACAUUGGCAACUCUGGAGCAGGGAUUUGGUUAUACUGGGCCUUCACGAGCUCCGCCAUAAUCUGGACUGUAUAUGCAGGACUCUAUCUCGUUAUCACAGAGUCAUUGGAGAAACGUUUAAGUUCCUCUCCUGACGGAGCCAACGGAGACGAGGAGGCCUCAAGCGACCAGCGAACUCUGUGGGGCCUUUCAGUGAUACUAUCGUGGCAGGGGUAAUGGGUGCUGUUUGUGAAACUCGGAGUAACCGCCCAUAUGGAAGCCAGUGGGAAGAUUGGUGUACAAGCCAGAGCGGAAUGAAAUGUCCUAAGAUGCACGGAUCGGCGAGGCCCGAAAUCAAGAUGUCU